UGCACUGCAACAGCUCGCACGUCAGCUUCAGCAGCCCGUGGGCUCUCCAUUCAGCGCAGCGUCUUGCGGACGAUGUUGAACUUGGACCUCUUGUCGAAUCUCACGGACUUGCUGCCCACUCUGUCCAGCUGCCUGCGGGAGAGUGGCAGUUGCGACGCUUUGGUGGCUUAUCCGGGCGGUCUGAACUUCGAGGGUUCGUCUUCUUGGCAGCUGGAGUCUAUGGGUCAUUCGUACUCCGAUGGCGAUUUCAACCAAACCAUUGAAGUACCGCAGGCGUGGCGCAUGGCCACUGGCGCCUGGCUUCCAUGCAGUGACCCACGGUGCGAUGCCGCGCUGCUGGCAGGCUGGGACGGCACGAGGAUCGUCGUCGCGGACUUGCGGCGGGGCUUAUCUGGCGGCGACUGGACUAUCGAGCCUCGCUUCGCGGUGCGCCCUGGCUCGGGCGAGCUCUCCUGCCGUGCUUCGGGUGGCGGGGAGCUCGCCGGUGCCGAUGGCGCCGCGUGCAACGAGAGCGAGCCCGGCGACUACGGCGGUGUGCAGGCGAUGCAGCUCAGCGUGCAGGGUGCCUGCCAGACACUCACGGUGCUGCGCAGGGGCAUGCUGGACGGCUGGGACCUGCACGGCGGCGGGAAGAUCGGCUCCUGGCGCGUGAACAGCACCCUGCAGACCACGAUGUGCCACGAUGGGCGCCAUCUGCUUUUGGCCCAUCCCGGGGACGAGGCCGGGCCCGUGGUCGAGGCGAUGCCUCUGCCUGCGGCCCUGGCGAAUUGCCCAUCCUCGCGGCGGGCCAGAGUGGAGCUGGCCAACGAGGCCGAGGCCGGAGUGGAGCUGGCCAACGAGUCGGUUGCAGAGCUGGGCCGACCAGAGCGCUUCCUGAAUAUGUAAGAAAUCUCAGGCCUAGAGGCUGAUACCAGCACCAGUAGCGGCGGCGUGCCUCCACCGAAGGAAGAAGUUCCCGAUCUCGGUGACGGUGGUCGUAUUCUGGCUUCCAAGGUGGCCGAAUUAUGACCACCCACGCCGACAUCCAGGAUCGUCUCCCCCCUGUGGAGUCACCCCCCUGUGUUGGUGUUGGUGCCCAUGUCCAGGCCUCCAAAAGUCCUCCUGUAUGUGCAGAGUCAUAUGGCUUGCCGAACACUGGACUGAACGGGCAGACUUUCCAGCUUGGGCACGCAGAGACGGAGCAGCAGGUGUUUACUCCUGUAGUCUUUGUUGCUUCCAGCUUACUCCCUCGUCUAUGCCAUAGCACGCGUUCCAAUUAGUACGGACGAGUCGGAGUAGGAAUCCUGAAGAUUAGGCCGGACUGGGACGACUGGCAGUGUUGACACAGACAUUGCGUACGUUUCCUCACCUCUUUUAGGGUUGGCGCCGGUCGAGAUUUUCAAGCUGCGCUGCUAUUCCACUAGGCUGGACGCCGGUGUGCAUCGCGGACAUUGUGCGAGUAUCAGUCGCCAUCUCCUGCGCGCAAGCGCCUCAUCCAGGCCGUGGUGGCGCGUCGGCGCGGUGAGUUCUCCUGAGGGACGCUGAGAGCUCGCUUCAGACCAGCGUCGCCCUCGGGACGAGAAGGCGCAGGGUGUGUAUGGAGUCUUCGGGAACGA